UCUUAGUCUUGCUAUAAAGAUUAAAAUCAAUGAUCCCUCGUGUGUUUGCUAUCCGGUCUGAGCGAUAGAAAGUUCUUGAAUUGUGGAAGCGUAGGUUGAAAGGAAUUAAUAAGUUUUGAGUAAAGGUGAUUGUAUUGCUUUACGUUUGAAACAAUUAAAAUGGCAACACCAGUAGCCAUUGUGGCAAAGCGAUUGAUUCCUCUCUUUGAUAGAGUACUCAUUCAGAGAGCUGAAGCUAUAACAAAGACAAGGGGUGGUAUUGUUAUUCCUGAAAAAGCCCAGGCCAAGGUUUUGCGUGGAACAGUUGUUGCUGUUGGACCUGGUGCUCGAAAUGAGAAAGGUGAACAUGUCCCAUUGUCUGUAAAAGUUGGAGACCAGGUGUUACUGCCAGAGUAUGGUGGUGCAAAAGUAGAAUUAGAGGAAAAUAGUGAAUUCCAUCUGUUCAGAGAAUCUGAUAUACUUGCCAAGAUAGAGUCCUGAAUCUCCAGCUGUCACAAAUAGACAGCAUUCAUAUAUGUGUAGUUAAAAUGGGAGAACAUGAGAAUUAUGAAGACAAACAUUCUCUGCUAUUGAUGAAAAUUACAGAGAGUAAUUUAUGGAUGUUGUAUACAUGUAAUAAGAAGUGUGAAUGGUAAAUGUUAUAUGAUAUGGUACAAGCUAACAAAAUUUAGGGUGUUUUCUGUAAGUUUCACUUACUUUCAAUAUAUAGAAUGUAACUUUUUUUCACAUUAAAAUUGCAUUUAGAGUAUUCCUUUUAGGUGGAAAUACUUCUCUUUGUAA